UGCAGCCCAGUGGCAGGGGAACAGAGGAGCAGCACGUUUUCUGUGUGAACCACCCUGCUCAGUUGGCAGGAUCCCUUGGUUUAAACUCAUGUUACAGUAUACUCCAGCAGCUAUGAACUCAUUUCAGUUCCUAAGAUUCUAAGCUUUUUCUGGUCUUGGCCCCUCCCUCCCCUCCCCUCCCUCCCCUCCUCUCCCUACUUGGCUGUCUCUUUAGAUAGCAAGUGGGUUCUACACAGAGACCCCCUGACCCUCUCAGCUGCAUUAGGUUCUCCCACUGCGUCAAUUCUCUCAGUCCUUUAUUUCCUCUUCACAGGACCGGUCCCACUUCACCACCACCCUCUUGGACAUAGAGUGUGUUUGAUGUCUGUCUGCUCAUUAAACAGAAACAUCAUGAGCGCAGGGACUGUGUCCGUCCACUCCUAUGUCCUGCUGCCAACAUGUUCCCCUUAUAACAGGGAAGAACAAAUCUCACUCCAUAUCAGAUGUUUCUUUUACUUUAACCUUUGUAUUCUAUUGCUUUUGCUUCCGGUUAAGAAUGUUGCCUAUAGCCUGAGAUACAUAGGAUAGCCCCUUCUCAAGACUCUGACCUUUAAAGAUAUAACACUUUGCCAUCCCUAUAGAGAUAAAAAGUUGCAGAACAGAGAAUGACAUUUGUCUUGUUGGAGGUUUACAGGAACAUUUUGACCUGACCUACAUGGACAGCUGCACGUUUACCUUGUCGUCAUUUCCUGUGGCAGCUCCCAAGGGAGCCGCGGUCACCCUCAGGCUAUGGAGCACAACCCCAGCUUGGGAGGGGCGGCCACUGCCCAAGGUCACCACGCGGGUCUGAUCGGGAGCGGCAGCUGGUGCAUCUUGGAAACUUGUCAUAGUCUAUGCUUGAAAGUUCAAGGACAGAAGAAGGUGAAAAUCACCUCAAUUUCAAGGUGUGAUGAGCAGCUGUUUCUCAGUGGGGAGGGGAGAGGACAACACAAGACAUGGGGUGCGAUAGUAGACCCACCCCUAUUCUGCCACUCACCACAGAUAACAUACCUGCAGAGAAGCUGUUCUCGACUGAGCAGCACACAUGACAGCGCAGACUCUGAGAAAAGGGAAUUAGCAACACUGAAAACCUCUGGAAAGAAGGCUCUAAUUAAGGUGCCUCUGUGGCCAAGUCUUCCUGCCUUGAUGGAUUAUACACUUGAGCCCAAUGUGACAAUAACUGACUACUACUAUCCUGAUAUCAUCUCAAGCCCCUGUGAUGGGGAACUUAUCCAAAGAGAUAGCAAGUUGCUUCUUGCCAUCUUUUACUGCCUCCUGUUUGUAUUUGGUCUUCUGGGAAACAGCCUGGUCAUCCUGGUCCUUGUCACCUGCAAGAAGCUGAGGAGCAUCACAGAUAUAUACCUCUUGAACCUGGCCCUGUCUGACUUGCUUUUUGUCUUCUCCUUCCCCUUUCAGACCCACUAUCAGCUGGACCAGUGGGUGUUUGGGGCUGUAAUGUGCAAGGUGGUCUUUGGCUUUUAUUACAUUGGCUUCUUUAGCAGCAUGUUCUUUAUCACCCUCAUGAGCGUGGACAGGUACCUGGCAGUUGUCCGUGCUGUAUACGCCAUGAAAGUGAGGACGACCAGAAUGGGCAUAGCCCUGAGUCUGGCAGUGUGGCUGAUUGCCCUCGUGGCCACCAGCCCAUUACUAGUAUUUUACCAAGAGGCCUCUGAAGAUGGUGUUCUACAGUGUUACUUGUAUUACAAGAAAGAGACGCUGAAGUGGAAGAUCUUCAUCCACUUUGAAAUGAAUAUCUUAGGCCUGUUGAUCCCAUUCACCAUCCUUAUGUUCUGCUAUAUUAGCAUCCUGCACCAGCUGAAGAGUUGCCAGAACCACAACAAGACCAAGGCCAUCAAGCUCGUUCUCAUUGUGGUGGUUGUCUCUUUACUCUUCUGGGUCCCGUUCAAUGUAAUACUCUUCCUUACUUCCCUGCACAGCAUGCACAUCUUGGAUGGAUGCAUCAUGAGCCAGCGGUUGAUCUAUGCCACCCAUGUCACAGAAACCAUUUCCUUCAUCCACUGCUGUGUGAACCCUAUUAUCUAUGCGUUCAUGGGCGAGAAGUUCAAGAAACACCUCUCAGAAAUAUUUCAGAAAAGUUGCAGCUACAUCUUCCUCUACAUAGGGAGACAAAUCUCUAGGGAGGCGUGGGAAAGGUCAUCCUCCUAUCAGCACUCCUCCCAUUCCUCCAGUAUAGACUACAUUUUGUGAGGCAGGUGCCUUAGAGCAGCCCUCUGCCUCCAUCACCCGUCUUCUUUCAGGAGACAAAAAAUGAUUCACACUGGAGUCUGAGACUAAGUGAAGGGAGACUCUUAGAAAUUUGGCUACAGACACAAGACUUAUUUCAUGAUAUUCAAGGAAU